CAUAUAUUUCAUACACUAUUUCUCAAACACUCUCGAGGACAUAUAUAGAGAUUUGUUUUUAACGUGCGUCGUCUGUCCUGGAUCAAUACGCACAAGUCUCCAGGACGCAGAAGGCGAAGCCUCAUAUGGACUAAAAGCACCCAAAUUAAAGUGACACUCCGACUUUUACCCCAGGACUAAGCGGCCCACAUCACUGCACAAUGUCCAACACAACCGGCAGAGGUCAUGGGGGUCUUAAUCAACUAGGUGGCAUGUUUGUAAAUGGACGCCCGCUCCCGGAGGUCAUCCGGCAGCGCAUUGUGGACAUGGCUCACCAGGGUGUUCGGCCCUGCGACAUCUCCCGUCAGCUGCGGGUCAGCCAUGGCUGUGUCAGCAAGAUCCUGGGCAGAUACUAUGAGACAGGAAGCAUAAAACCUGGAGUGAUCGGUGGCUCGAAGCCAAAGGUGGCUACGCCAAAAGUGGUGGACAAGAUAGCAGAGUACAAGCGGCAAAAUCCCACCAUGUUCGCCUGGGAGAUCAGAGACAGGCUCCUGGCCGAGGGAGUGUGUGACAGUGACACGGUUCCCAGCGUCAGUUCCAUAAACAGGAUCAUCCGGACGAAGGUGCAACAGCCAUUUAACGUGCCCUUGGAAAGCAAAAGCCUCAGUCCAGGUCACACAUUAAUUCCAAGUUCAGCCGUCACCCCUCCCGAGUCACCUCAGUCUGACUCUCUGGGUUCCACCUACUCCAUUAGUGGCCUGCUGGGUAUUCCACAGGCAAGUUCAGACGGCAAGAGGAGUCAUGACGACAGUGACCAGGAGAGCUGUCGACACAGCGUAGACUCUCAGGGCAGUGGAGGUGGACCAAGGAAACAGCUGAGGCCUGAACAUUUCUCAUCACAACACCUGGACUGCGGCUUCGAGCGGCACCACUACACCUCCGACACGUUCGGUUCCACCAACGCUGGCAAGACUGAGCAGCCACUGUAUCCCCUCUCUCUCCUCAACGGAAGUCUAGAGGAAGGCAAGAGCAGCCUCGCAACAUCCAGCACCGCCAUUGGGCGAAACCUAGCAGCACACCAGGGCUACGCAGUCGUGACAGAUGCCCUACAGCCCCUACCCAUCUGCCUGAAACAGGAAAUGUCACCAGACGGGGCCAGCUCAAGUCCUUCGCCCAACAUUAUAGCCAACUCUGCCUUCUUGGAAAUGGGCGCCAUAUCAGCCCCGUCGCCAGCAUCCGUGGGUAACGGUGGCAGCAGCUCCAUGCAUUUCUCUCAUUCCUUCAACACAUUUCCUCAUCAUGCACCAGUGUACAGCCAAUUCAGCAGCCAGUCUCUCAUCACAGGCCGAGACAUGGUGAGCUCCACACUUCCUGGAUAUCCUCCACACAUUCCAUCAGCCGGACAGACGAGUUACUCGUCCUCGGCCAUCACAGGAAUGGUAGCAGGUGCUGAGUACUCAGGCCAGACUUACACACACUCACCAUACACAUCUUACAGCGACGCAUGGAGAUUCACCAACUCCAGCAUACUAGGUUCUCCAUAUUACUACAGCUCCGCCUCCCGCACAGCUCCACCCACCACCACUGCAUACGAUCACCUUUAGCAGCAGACGUUCGAUUACUGAAUAAGAAGCAAUAUUCAUCCAAGUGCACAUGGUUUUGUGAUGGUGUAUUCUACAAAUGACCUUCAUGAUGGGAAGCUCUUGAGUAACCUAACAAGGAGAGAGAGAGGAAGAGAGAGAGAGAGAGAGAAAGAGAGAGAGAGAGAGGGAGAGGGGAAAUUUCAUAUUCAGCGACUGAAGAAAAACGGAUGUGAAAGGCACGAAAAACAGGCCAGCAUGGACAAUUGUUUUGUUGCCUGAGACUUUGGUUGAUUAUUUAUUCACUUCAUUGACCACCUUCGACCAAACGCACAAGUCUAUCCGUCUGUUUAAACAGCCAUCAUGUCUUGCCCCAGGUUUUUGAACCAAAAUGCAUGGCGCAACAGCCAAAGAUCUUACUGCAGGUUUGCUUUCAGACCUUAACUGCGUUCAUGACCUGUGGUGCAUGAAGAACAAACCCAGAGAGCCAGCUUUUUUUUUUUUUUGUCUUCAGGCUCUAUUCUUCUAUUUGUUCCUCUUUCUCUCCAUUUCCCUGGGCUUAUAAACCUUGUAGGAUUGCAGCAUUUGUAGCUGUUUCAAGUUCCAUAUAUUUACUUUCCCAACAAAAACAACGUGAUCACCAUUUUCAACUACAGCAAGAAAAUCAGCUGUCAAUUUAAAGACCAUUACAAAACGCCUGCUGGUUAUGUCGGUGGGAUAAUGUGUAAAUAAUGUAGAAAAGUAAAAUCCCUUAUUAAAAAAAAAUCCCUUUUAUGCUACAAAUAAUUAGGAGUGGAAUUUAUGGGGAUAAAUUAGUACAUUGUAAGAGAAGUUGUAAGAAACCCUUUUAUUUUCUCCCUCCCAUAUGUACUACAUUUGUUGUCAAAUGGUUUUGCUAAG